ACUGGAGUCACCUCUUCAGUGGAUGCAGUCGGUUAACAAGUUGGAAAAUUUUACUGAGGCGUUAUCCAGAGUUAGUUUUGGUAAGUUUUCUCCAUUUGUUGACAACCAAUCGUUGAAAACACGCGAAAUACUUUUACUUGCUGAUGGCUGUUGGUUACUGGGUUACUGGAAGUGUCCGUUUCUUUGACAUUUACUCAUAAAUCUGUCAGCGGGCGGUGAAGUUGCCUUCUGUUAGCCUAGCCCGCGUCUUUAGCCUCGGUUAGCUGCAUGUUUAGUGUCGGCAAAGUUUGCUCACUUAAAGAUUAACCUCAAACAAGCAAGAUAUAACAACACCCGUGACAAGCUGUUCCUGUGUUUCUCUUAUUGUUGUCUUUAAUUUUGUCUUACUGGUGUGUCCCAAUUUACAUACUUAUGACAACAUCAAUUUUCACAGCUAAGUAUACACAUACCAUCAGUGACAUUACGAACACCUGAGUAAUCUAAUGCAGACACACGAAGCAGCUCAUCCACUAACUCUGAUAGCAGAUACCUUUUAAAGGUGAAGUUCUGGUUUCUGUGAUCAAACAGGUGAUCACAGCACCUGUGGGUGGUGUACUUUGAAAUGUAGACCUUAAGGGCUGCAUUAGUUUCCUCAGGUGUUUGUGUAUGUUAAGAUGCAUGUCUGUUGUUGCUUUCGUUUUGCAGUUUAAGAUGCCCUCCAAUCUGGUAACCAAUCCUCAAAUCUGAAGCAUUUUCUCUUGAUUUUUUUUACUCGAUGACUUACACUUUGUGCCAUCAAUGUGUUUAAUGCUCUAUGUGUGUUCAUUGGUAUUAAUAUCAACCUCAUAUGUAUUUACUCGGCUGCUAUUUAGAUUUUUUUUAAUGACAUCUCUGCUCAUCGCAAACAUAGUGGAAAAAUACUUCUCUGGACCUUAGUUUUUUGCUUUUAUAUAGCAUAUAUAGAAAUGAGGGCCCGACCGAUUUAUCGGCGAGCCGGUUAAAUCGGCCAAUUUUAGCCCGUUUGAGACUUAAAGGUAAUCGGCCAAAACUCGCCGAUUUUCGCCAAUAUUUUCAGAAAUAAAAUGCGGAGAAUAAGAUUUGACAAGUUUCGGUUCAACCCACUUCACGAUGUUCCCCGCUGUGCUGGUCUAGGUCACACCGGGUUAACGGUGAAGCGCCAUGUAAUAUGCAAGCUAAAGUUAGAUUUGGCCACCUGCUAUUAGCCUUCUUCUAUAGAUAUCUAUAUUAAAACUUACUUUAAAAAAAAAUAAAGUCGGCCAAUUGAUAAUCUGAUUUUUUUCCCCCCUAAUAAUCGGCCCCCAAAAAUCCACACCUGUCAGGCCUUAAUAGAAAUGGUCUCAUUUUCUGUGUUACUGCUUCUCAUAGCGGAUUGGGAAAAGUGUUUUGCAGUGAUCCUACCCUAUUUUGUCACUUUUUUUUUUCUUUUUAGGUAAACAGUCAGGGAUGGUACCCUUGGUGUCUGGGCAAGUGUCCAUCUGCCCUUGUGAAACACAGAAAUGAGUGAAGACCAUGCACCUAUAGAAAUGGACCUGGUAAGUGGCAGUAUUGGCUGGUAUCUGACUCAGUGAGCAUCAGCUGACUCUACGAUUUACCUGCGUUUAGAAAAUAAUAUUUCAUUGUUUCAUAAACAAUUCAAAAAUCCUCGGGCUGCAAUAUUGUACACCUUUGUAAUAAUUAUGGCAGCGAGCACUUGAUUAAAUUCUGAAUGAACUGCUAUGAAUGAUGAAAAAUAUUAGACGUAAACUACCAAUGCUUCCUUACUUGUCACUGGUAUAUAAAACUUAUUGGAUAGAGGCCUGUGUUCAAUGGCCAUCUACCUGCACCACCCUGAUACACUUAACUAGCUGUUUACUACACUCAGAGGCAUGUUGCAAAUACAGUUUUAAAUAUGAAUAACAGCAGCCAGAUGGACAUAGUUAAAGCUAAUAUGUACUCAAUUUUUAUUGCACUGCGCCUUGUAAUCACAGUAGUGAACAUUGUUAUCACACCUGGCAUACUUUCUCAUAUUGUGCAGGCCUACUCUUGUCUGAAAGCGUGUCUGAAAAGGUGUCUCAGUUUUAGAAUCUGGGAAGCAAUUGUCAUGGAUGUGAAAAAUAAUACUGUGAUAAAUUUGAACAUGAUCUUUUUGUUUAGAACUUGAAUGUAAGGAACAGAUUUUAACAUUUACUUGAUGUGCAACUUGUACAUUUAUUUUCAGGCUUUUGGAUCAGCCAAGCCCUAUGGGUCCUCAAGAAGUAUCGUGAGGAGAAUAGCUACCAGCCUUCCUCUGAAACCCUGCCCCAGGGUUCAUUUUCAGGUGAGUGAUCAUCAUCUUGCAAUCCUACCUUUUUUGACUCGAUAAAGAUGAUACAGCUCCCUCUCCUCUCCUCUCCUCUCCUGUCUGUCUGCUCUCCUGACUGUCAGAGUCACAGCCACGAGACAAGAAAUCACACACCCUCUUUAAACUUCUGUUUACCUCUGCUUCUCUGACUGUUUUCAUUUAAGAACCAUAAACACAGGUGAUACAACCAGUAUUACAAAGGUAUUCUGCACUGGCUGUCUUUACCUUGUGACAGACUGCUAACAAAUUAAACUUUCACAGUUUUUUAAUUCAGCUGCAUGUGGUUCAAUGAACUAAAUUGUUUCUCUUUACUUUUCUGCCUCCUUCAACUCUGUGCUUUCUCUUUUCUUCCUCUCUUCCCUCUCCAGCCGCCCUCCGUGGCUUUGAGGAAUGCAGUUUGUCUGCUUUAGGUCAGUCUGUUCAGCAACCUCUGACAACCUGCUGAUUAAAGACCCACAUAGCAACUUGAACCGUUCACAUCAAGCAUGACGGGGAUCUUGUUCUUGUAUCAACAGCCUUUACAUCCUCUCCUUCUUGUGAUCUGCUUAGAUUUCUUUGUGUUCUCAUCUGGUAUGUUUUUCUAAACUUUUUUAUCUUGUAGUUGAUUUGGAUGUUCUCUCUCUUUUCAGCUUUAUCCGUAUAGUGAGGAUGCCGGUCUCCUGAUUGGUGCCAGGAGACAGAACGGCGUGGUCGCCUCACUGGCUGAUGUGGCAUGGAUCGACAGGGACGAGGGAGACACUGAAGAUUUCCUCGGCAGACCCAGGUUAGAGCGGGCCGGUCAUCUAUGGGAUAGAUUCCUUCGCUCUAGAGUAGCAGUAACUAAAAAAGCUAAAUAUUUUUUAAACAGAUCAGGAAUCCCACCUGGACUCUUGUUUCGAGCCCGCCAGCCUCCUCCCCACACAUUAGCCCGCCGAAGGUCACUACCAAGCCUGCAUCAGGGCCCUCCAGACCCCCAGGGUCCAACUGCUACCAAUGAUGAAGCCAUUCAGAAGAUCAGUGCGCUGGAGACGGAGCUCGCCAAGCUCAGAGCUCAGAUCGCACAAAUUGUCCUAGCCCAGGAGAAGAGCGCACAGCCAGGUAUCUGUUACACCCCCUGUCUCCGUGUUGUGUGAACACACUGAGGGUUGUUGUUUUUUUUUUUCCUUUUUUUCCCCCCACUGUUGUAACACUGAUCCUCCUCUAGAUGGCAGCAGAAUUUCACCAGACUCACAGCUCCAACAUUUCACUUUCCUUUGCUUUGUCUCAGCUGCUCCCACAGGGACACCUCCACCUCCCCCUCCACCCUCUGGAACCCUGCCUCCACCACCUCCCCCUCCUCCUCCUCCUCCUCCUCCCCCCCUUCCACCCCCAAGUCUCCAGCGGACAUUUUCUGCCAUUGACUUGAUAAAAGAGCGCAAGGGGAAGAAGACAGAGAGCCAGACAGUUUUGGAGCCGAGGCCAGCAGAGGUCCCCAGCAUGCUGGAUGUACUGAAAGACAUGAACAAAGUCAAGCUGAGAUCAGUCAAGAGGUAAGAAAUACAUCCAGAUGCACCAAGUGUGACACUGAAGUGUUUUGAAAUAAGUCAACAUUUACAUCAUGCAAAUUCAAAUGAUUGUUUCCACAGUCGUCCUGUGGAAGAUGAUGCCAAAUUGAAGUCCAGUGAGCCGGCCGAUGCUGCAGCUCUCAUCGCUGAGGCCCUGAAACGCAAGUUUGCCCACCGUUAUCGACAUGACAGUGAGCAAGAUGACAGGGAGGACUUCAAACUUCCUGUUCCUGAAGUGAAACCUAAAACCCAAACACCUUUGGUAUGAAACAUGAAUGUAUCUAUUAUUGACAAAACUUUUAAACAGUAGUGAACUUCUGUGUUUGAAGAUAUCAUUCUGGAUGCACUUUUUCAAAUUUUUUAGGCUUUUUUCAUGCUUAACACUCUUCGUUAUUUUUCAAAUUGAGUUUUUCUGAUAUGAAUUAUGUCGUUUAAAUUAUUUGUUGGGUUCUGAUGUACUUGUGUGUUCUCUCUUUUUACAGUUUGGGCAGCACAUGUUGAAACAAACUGGAAAAAGGAAGCUGCUCUAAGCCCUACGUGUACUGUGGACACUUCAAAGUGCCUUAUUAACCCUUUUAGACCAGCUGCUUCAGUGGGAGGAGAAGGGAUUCUGCCUCAGCUUCUCUAAGUGUCUUCGAGUGUCGCAGUCAGUGAUCAUUCUGACCAACCAUUUUUGCACUUUUAUCACACAUUAGUCUUUUGUUUUUUCUUUUGAUUGUCGUUUUUUUUUCUGUCGGUUCCAUACAUCACAAUUGUGACUUUAACAGUCUGAGAUUGGAGUCCGUUUUAAAGCAACACUACAGAGUUGUUCGAUUCUCGGUUUAUAGUUCAAUCGUUGUUGCACGAAGUAAUAUUGGUCAGUUUAUUCCAAGUUUGUAGGUGUCUGUGAACGCUGAAGAGUUCUUCCUCCACAGGGGAACUGAAGCACUUUCAUGUUCGUGGAAUAGUGUGCUGUAUUUUUUAUUAUUAAAUAUAUAUAUAUAUUGUGAAGACUUGUAGACUAAUUUAUGAUCGGGAAGCCUCUAUUUAUGUCGCGUUUUGAGUAGGUAUGUUGAUUUUAACACAGGUAAUUAUGUUUUCGAGUUAUCUGUUAUUAAUUUUAGUCAAGUUUUAACCAAGUUUUUUUUUUUUCUUUGAAUUUGUUCAGGUUGUGUCCCAGUUGCCAGUCUUGCCAUGGUUCACAUAUUCUCAGCUGGGUUAUUUAGAAUAUUUCCUUUCUCGAGUUUUAACAGCCAAAGACAUUCCAGAGAGCUAGCUUUAGCCUCAAACUGCCAAAAAAGUCCCUUUUUUAUUUCCUUAUUUAGGGUGUUUGUCCUUAACCAAUAAAACAUCCUGUAAAUGUUCAACAGAGUCAUAUUUCUGGUUUCACGGGCACAUGUGCAGUGUUUUGUUGCUUUAUCAGUAUCUUCCAAUGAUAUUUUCUCUUUCGUCACUAAGCAACUCUCCCAUAACGUAAGCCUUCCAGAUAACCAUCGGCAGAGACAUACUUCAUGGUUGUGGGUAAAUCGGUAUUGACAGCAUGUUUCAGUAAAAGGUCAUAAGCCACCUCCUGUUAUCAGUAACCCAAAGGUUUCCAUGUUGCCUUUGCGCUGGUAACGCCACACGUUUAAGCCUCAGUUUGAAGAGGUCCCAGUCAACUCCUCAGGUCCUGUGAGGUUAUUCAGGCAGUAUUUUGUUCAAAGCAACUGACUGGGCACCACUAUAGAAGAGUACUUUCUGCUUCACAAUGACUAGUGUUACCUCGUACAACAAGGGAAUGUGGUUGGGCGUGUCUGUAGUCACAAAGUGAUUUUGAAUUUACUAUACCAGAGUUGUCUUCCAUAAAAUGUGUUAUCUUGUGUUGUCAAAUCUCUCAAUAAAAGUUUAUGGGUUGUCCCGA